AUGUGGGUACUCACGCCUGCUGCUUUUGCUGGGAAGCUCCUGAGUGUGUUCAGGCAACCUCUGAGCUCUCUGUGGAGGAGCCUUGUCCCGCUGUUCUGCUGGCUGAGGGCAACCUGGCUGCUAGCUUCCAAGAGGACAAAGCAGCAGCUGGUCUGGAGAGAGCCAGAUGAGACCAAAGAGGAGGAAGAGGACCCUCCUCUGUCCACCACCCCAACCAGCGUCAACUAUCACUUCACUCGCCAGUGCAACUACAAAUGCGGCUUCUGUUUCCACACAGCCAAAACAUCCUUUGUGCUGCCCCUUGAGGAAGCAAAGAGAGGAUUGCUUUUGCUUAAGGAAGCUGGUAUGGAGAAGAUCAACUUUUCGGGUGGAGAGCCAUUUCUUCACGACCGGGGAGAAUACCUGGGCAAGUUGGUGAAGUUCUGCAAAACAGAGCUGCAGCUGCCCAGCGUGAGCAUCGUGAGCAAUGGAAGCCUGAUCCGGGAGAGGUGGUUCCAGAAUUAUGGUGAAUAUUUGGAUAUUCUCGCUGUCUCCUGUGACAGCUUUGAUGAGGAAGUCAAUGUCCUUAUUGGCCGUGGCCAAGGAAAGAAGAACCAUGUGGAAAACCUUCAAAAGCUGAGGACGUGGUGUAGGGAUUAUAGAGUCGCUUUCAAGAUAAAUUCUGUCAUUAAUCGUUUCAACGUGGAAGAGGACAUGACGGAACAGAUCAAAGCACUAAACCCCGUCCGCUGGAAAGUGUUCCAGUGCCUCUUAAUUGAGGGUGAGAAUUGUGGAGAAGAUGCUCUAAGGGAAGCAGAAAGAUUUGUUAUUGGUGAUGAAGAAUUUGAAAGAUUCUUGGAGCGCCACAAAGAAGUGUCCUGUUUGGUGCCUGAAUCUAACCAGAAGAUGAAAGACUCCUACCUUAUUCUGGAUGAAUAUAUGCGCUUUCUGAACUGUAGAAAGGGACGGAAGGACCCUUCCAAGUCCAUCCUGGAUGUUGGUGUAGAAGAAGCUAUAAAAUUCAGUGGAUUUGAUGAAAAGAUGUUUCUGAAGCGAGGAGGAAAAUACACAUGGAGUAAGGCUGAUCUGAAGCUGGAUUGGUAG